UCACUGGUUCUAUGCUGAAGACGGGAAGCAUAGUCAAUUGCUGCACUAACUGCACCCGCCAUUCAUUGUUGGCACGCGCUUCUUUCAAUUGUUCGCUCCACAAUUCGAAUCAAUCUCUAAUCAAGCUAACAAUCCGAACCCUAAAACCCUAAUCCCACUGGUUUCCACCAAAACCCCUUUCACAUUAUCUACCAAUUCCCUACCAGAUCCCCAAAUUCACAUAAAUCCUUAAGCUUUUAAUUCUCUCUAGGGUUUUCAGAGCUCUGUAACUGCAAUAAAGGAAGUGGGUACUCGUUAAAAUGCUGGGUGGGUUGUACGGAGACCUCCCUCCACCGUCUUCGGCGGAGGAAGAGAAACCCAGCAACACCACGGUGUGGUCGAGCAGCACCAAAAUGGCGCCGCAGACUCUCCGAAAACCCGCAUCCGUUUUCGCUCCACCGCAGACGAUUCUCAAGUCCCAAAACAAGCCCAAGCCGUCGAAUUUAGCCCAGCCCAAAAUUACAGCAUCACCGGUAAUUGCAACGUCGGUGAUACAAAAUGACAUGGUGCAUACUGCCCUGGUGGGGGUCACGUCGACGGUGCUAGAGGAGUAUGAUCCGGCGAGGCCCAAUGACUACGAGGAGUACAAGAGGGAGAGGAAGAAGAAGGCAGUGGAGGCUGAGAUGAGGCGAGAACUCGAUAGGAGGCGGCAAGAGGAGGAGGAGAAGGAGAGGAGAGAGAGGGAGGAGAGAGAAAGAGAAAGGGAAAGGGAGAGGGAUUUUGGAGAUUCAAGGUUGAACAUUUCGGGUGAGGAAGCCUGGAGGAGGCGUGCGGCUAUGAGCGGCGGGGCAGUUCCAGCAAUGCCGGCAAUUCCAAGGUCUCCGUCUCCUCCGAAUAAUGGAGAUGGUUUUACCAUUGGGAAGUCGGAGAGUGGCGGGUUGGGGUUAGGGGCUGGCGGCCAAAUGACCGCGGCGCAGAGAAUGAUGGCGAAGAUGGGGUGGAAGCAGGGGCAAGGGCUUGGGAAGCAGGAGCAGGGGAUCACUACUCCCUUGAUGGCCAAGAAAACGGAUAGGAGAGCCGGGGUGAUUGUGAAUGCCAGUGAAACAAAGCCGGAGAAGAAGGCGAAGAGUGUCAGCCUUAAUGGGCCACCCACCAGGGUUUUGCUGCUUAGAAACAUGGUGGGCCCUGGCGAGGUGGAUGAUGAGUUAGAAGAUGAGGUAGCAUCAGAGUGUGCAAAGUAUGGGACAGUGACCCGGGUGCUUAUAUUUGAGAUAACAGAGCCAAAUUUCCCGGUGGAUGAGGCAGUCAGAAUCUUUGUGCAGUUUGAGAGGUCUGAAGAAACGACUAAGGCAUUGGUUGACCUUGACGGUCGAUACUUUGGAGGUAGGGUGGUUCGCGCCUCGUUCUAUGACGAGGAGAGGUUUGGCAACAAUGAGCUGGCUCCAAUGCCAGGAGAAAUUCCCGGGUUCACUUGAAUCACAGGGCAUCAAAUGCAAGUUGAUUUUCCCACAUUUGUAGAGUUUACCGAGAAAGAUAAGGGAGAGAUGAGGUUGGGAUGAUUUCGCAUUGCCAUUCGAGCUGCUAGCUAGUAAUAUAGCAGGUAAUAGUGGGCAUUCAAACUUGGGAGUAGCUUUACUUUUUGUGGUCGGGUGGGUGAAGUUGAUGUAACUGCGACGGUAAACAACUGUAACAAACAUACAGUAGUUGCAAAGUCUUGUAAAAUGUUGUUGCUUGGUUCCAAUUUCC